AUGGGAGAUUUUCCAGCCCUGCUCUUCUUGCUGGCACUACCAGGAUCAUGCAUGUCAGGUGAGGACCUGCAAGUGUUUCUGCAAGCUGCAGGAGACUCCUUCAGAGCUAACUGCUCAUACAACAUGCAUGAGAGUUUACAUAAGAUGAAAUUCUGGUGCAAGGAGCUGUCACAGGGAUCUUGUCCAGUCUUAGCCUUGAGUGUCCCUUUGAUGGAAAGAAUGCACCGUAACCCGGCACAGCGUCGCUCAGCUGACCUGACAGACACUGGACGUGGAUGGAUUUCUGUGAUCAUGAGAACACUUCGAAAAGAUGAUUCUGGCAUUUAUCAGUGUGGGAUGUGGAGUGACCUGCAGAAAAUUCUACUGCAGAGAGUAAAGAUCGUGGUUUCUGCUGAGGAACCUGUAAGGCUAUUUGCAAAAGAAGGAAGCAACCUGUCCCUCCAUUGCUCUUACUCUGUGAUAGGAAACAUAAGGAAACUUCCACAUUUAACUUGGUGCAAAAUGGAAUCCCCAAUUAGAUGUCAGCCUAUUAUCAGAGGUAACACUGAUCAAAGUAUUGUUAAAGAAGGAAGGACUGAGAUGAUGAAUGACUUGUCGUGGAAAAUGAUUAGAGUGUGGCUGAAAAAGCUCCAGUCUAAUGACUCAGGAGAGUAUCAUCUUGAGAGCCAUUUCCAGGGGAGAAACAAACCACUGAAGAGGAUCAUGCUGGAAGUUUUGGGGGAAAACUGGAAUCUGGAAACAGAUUUGGAGGCCAUUUCACUUUCCACUAAGAAGCAGGAGACUGCCAAGCACCCAGAUGACAGCAAUAUGCAUCAGAGGAACCUUUAUGCUCUCAUGGCACUGAGUACCUUCCUGGCUACAACUGCUCUGAUUGCUACCGUUAUACUGCUCACCACCAUUUACAUCAGAAGAAAAAGGGCAGGAAAAGGCUUUGGCAGACAUGCUGCUUUCAGACGAGCAGUGCUGCAGGAUAGAAGAAACAAUACAAGGAGAAUACCAGAUGGGGAGCUGAAAGACAAUGCAGUAUAUGCUGUGAUAGGGCACCAACCUCAACUAAAGCCUGAAGAUAUAUAUGUCAACACUCAACCUUCUCCAAAAGUUUUCUUCCAUCUUCAAGAACCAGGAGGCAACUCAGUAGAAUAUGCUACUGUUAUCUUUAGAGCCACAACUUCUCACUCGGGAGCUGAAAAGAAAUAA